AUGUGGCGUCUGCACCUGUUGUCGCUGGGCAUAGCUACAAGCUCGCCGGCCCAAUGUCGCUGGCAGACAGAGCGGCUGAAUGACUUGACUGCCUUUCCACACUACGACAAUGGCACUCGGCCUUACAUGUACGAGGGCCAGGCUGUGAAUGUUUCCGUACAGCUGUACAUUGCCGCCAUUCAGGAAGUCGAUCAGAAGGGGCAGCAACUAGCUCUUGAGGGAUACUUCCGUUGGAGGUGGAUCGACCCUCGGCUUGCUCACACAGAUAAUUGCGGACCAUUGACACUCCAGCUCCCAGCAGAAUCUGUUUGGAUGCCAGACAUUUACAUCGACAACUCAGUCUCAGAGUGGUACGGUGCUGGGUCCUUGUGGCUUUCACCAGAAGGUGAAGCGUACAGGUCAGUGCGCUUUAGUCACAGACUGCGAUGUCCGAUGGAAUUUCAUUUGCUGCCCUUCGACAGACAGAGAUGCUUUGUCAUGAUAGCGUCCUACUCGAGCUCCAUCGCCGACAUCAACACAGGUGAGUUCGCAGAUGGCGCUGCGAUUCUCCCUGAAGGAUACGGCGGAACGACCGAGUGGAAGCUGGAGAAGUUGGAAUCCGAGGUGACCACGGAGUGGUUUGGUGCCGGUGAAUACCGGCAAGGGUUCCGGUAUGUCUGGGUGUACCUGACGCUGGAACGCCGCCCCAAUGCCCUCAUCGUCUUUGUCUUCUUCACGUGCUUGGCGUUCGCGCUGGUGUCCUGGGUUGGGUUGUUCAUCAACCCGACAGCUGCGCCAGCUCGUGUCGCCAUCGGAGUCAUCCCGGUGUUGAUAAUGCUGAACUUGGAGAGCAGCGUCACAUCCCAGCUACCGCCUUUGAACUACAUGACUUGGCUCACAAGUUUUCUCUUCACGAUAAAGCUCUUCAGCAUGACGGUUGUCUUCGAAUACGGUUUAGUGUCGUGGCUGAUGAUGAUAGAAGGUCAAAGGGUCCGAAAGUUUGAGGCUAUGAAGCAGAUGGCUAUUGCGCUGAAGCGGGACACGGAGGAGCUACAGGGGCACACAGCGGAGGAAAUGGUAGAAUGGGAUGAAGAUGAUGAUGAGGAAGUGAAUCUGCAGGUCGCUCAGGAGACAGAGGAAUCACACGCCCCGGCAGAGAAGCUCCAAGCGCAGAGGUCGAAAUCCACAGUUUCACUUGCUUCACGUAGAAAGGCAGUUGUCCUUUCAAAAGGCCCGGAGCAAAUCCAGGAAGUGUGGGACAUGUUCGAUAAGGACGGGUCCGGUUGCUUCGAUCAACAUGAGAUUCAGCUAGGAUUUCGCAAGCUCGGACAGUAUUUGAGCAUGGAUCAAGUCAAACGGAUGUUCUUCCGUCUUGGCGUAGACUCAGCGACACUCGACGGGGAAGCGUUCCAGCGCAUGCUACUGGACCUGAACCUAUACCUGCCGGGGACGCCCUUCACCCUCAGCUAUUGGGAACGCCCGCCUUCUCUCCAAGUGGACAUCGCGUUUCGCUACAUCUACAUCCUUGCUUUGGCCGUUGUGACGAUUACGUGGCUGGCUCUCGCCGGCAGCUGA